CACACCACAAAAACCCUAUUAAACCAAACAUCACUUCCAGCCGUCGAUCCUUUAAUCCAUUUGGCAGAUAAAACCUCACCUUCUGAAUCCAAAAACCCUAGCCGGUGCUCUCUCUUCGUCUCGUUGCUCUCGGCUGCUGAUCUUCCGCGAUGGCUUUCGCCAAAGCUCAGAAAUCAAGGGCCUACUUCAAGAGGUUCCAAGUCAAGUACAAGAGAAGGCGAGAGGGAAAGACUGACUACCGGGCCAGGAUUAGGCUUAUUAACCAAGACAAGAACAAGUACAACACACCCAAGUAUCGGUUUGUUGUGAGAUUUACCAACAAAGAUAUUGUUGCACAAAUUACAUCUGCCAGUAUUGCUGGUGAUUUGGUUCUUGCUGCUGCCUAUGCCCAUGAGCUCCCACGCUAUGGGCUCGAAGUUGGUCUUACAAACUAUGCUGCAGCCUAUUGCACUGGCCUUCUUUUGGCUCGUCGUGUGUUGAAGAAGCUUGAAAUGGAUGACGAAUAUGAGGGAAAUGUUGAGGCUACUGGUGAGGACUAUUCUGUAGAGCCAGCUGAGAGCAGAAGGCCAUUCCGUGCUCUUCUUGAUGUAGGUCUUAUCAGGACCACCACGGGAAAUCGCGUAUUCGGUGCGUUGAAGGGUGCUUUGGAUGGAGGGUUGGAUAUCCCUCACAGUGAAAAGAGGUUUGCCGGCUUUUCCAAGGAUAGCAAGCAACUUGACCCUGAGGUUCAUCGGAAGUACAUCUAUGGUGGCCAUGUUGCUGCCUACAUGACGACCUUGGCGGAGGAUGAGCCUGAGAAGUAUCAAAGUCACUUCAGUGAAUAUAUUAAGAAAGGUAUUGAAGCGGAUAACAUCGAGGAGUUGUACAAGAAAGUUCAUGCAGCCAUCCGUGCUGAUCCUACAAUUAAGAAGACUGAAAAGCCUGCUCCUCAAGAACACAAGAGAUACAACCUCAAAAAGCUCACCUUUGAUGAGAGGAAGAUGAAGUUGGUUGAGAGAUUGAAGGCCUUCAAUGACGCUGGUAACGAUGACAACAGUGAUGAUGAUGAUGAGUACUAAGCAUUCAAUCGAAUUUUUCCACCCUUAGGACAACUGUUUACUUAAUCUCUAUAAACUCUGUUAUCUUUAUAAUUCAGACAUUUGAAUACGUUUCUUGUCAGGAGGUUCCAGUGAGAAGCGCUACUAAUUUUUUGACAAAUGUUGUUAUGCCGGUUA